AUGUCGAGCGCUGCGUUCAACGUCUGCAUAAGUGCUGUCUGCUUGGUCUUGGCCACGCUCCAAGCGACUCAAGCUUCGCCAGUCAUUGGGGAUCGAUCGUCGCCAUCAUGUCGUGUUUUGCCUGGAGAUGCGGCUUGGCCAAAACAGAAGGCUUGGGACGAGUUGAACCAAACUGUCGGUGGCAGACUGAUCCGCGGUACCCUUCUCGCCCAGCCAUGCUAUACACCAAAUCUGGACACCAGUACAAGCACCACUAUUCAAGACGACUGGACGGCCUUGGACCCUUUGUCAGUGUUUCCUGAAGUGAAGAUGGAGAUGCAGAGCUGA